UAGCUGGGGCUAUUAAUGGCUAGAAAAGCGCUAGGCUUUCAUGAAGUGCCACAAGACUCUUCGCUGUUUUUGUGGCAUUAGAGCUUUUGCUUUUACCGCAUUUUGCUCUUCGUUUCGUGGCUAGGUGACGUGAUGACGAAUAUGCAUAUUAACUUGUACCUCUAAACUCGUUUCAAACUUUGGGAUGUGGGAUGACUUAUGUAUGGAGAGUUCCUGCAUUUGCAAGGUCAUUAAGACCUUUGAUACAAUCUAGAAAUUACAUAAGAUGCUUCCAGCUGCUGGAAUAUACCACUUUCCUUGGGAAAUAAACUCGGCAUCGGUCUCGGAGGGGAAGACCCUGAGAACAUUUGGCAGGCUGCAGUCCUAUGAUAUGGUCAGCUCCCAAGCCAUAUUAACAAGUCAGCAUGCUUCAGUUCAGCACUGUAUAAGGGUUUGCACCAAGUUCGUGGAACCAUUCCAAGCCCAACUUGGGUCUCUGUACGUUGCUUUGGGGGAAGCUGAAUUUGAAGAGGGUGAAGCAAUGGUGUUAAAGGCCCGUGUGUUUACAUGUGUCGAAGGAAUGAAUCUUCAAUUGUUGGAGAAGGCCAUUGAGGAACAAAGAAAAUAUUUCCAGGAAAGGAAGAAGAACCCGGAAGGGAGCAAUUCUUAGUGUUGUGCUUUGGAGGGACUUAAUCCAUGCUAUCCUGGAUGUAGCCAGUUCCUCCUUUUCCUUUCUGCCCAUCUGUCCUGUUUGCUGUAUCAUUUUGUAACAGUUUCUUGAAAUGAUAAUGCCCUUUUUAUAACCAGAACUUGUUUUUAAAUAUUCUUGUAUUUUUAUAGUAAAAAUAUGCACUGAAAUGCA